AUGCGGACUUUGCCUGGCCUAGUCCUGACCACGACGUCUCCCUUUCGAGCACUGGCAAUCUUUGCACUUCUUGCUGUGCUUGCCAAUGCAAGCCGGGCUGCCAUCGUUCCGACAAGUGCACGAAGCAGCAAGGUGGUCAGAUACGACAGGAGGGACCCCCUCUUUCGGCGCCAGCAGUCAGAACCGCCUGCAUUGACGGAAGCUCAACAGCAGGAGCUGCUCGACAAUCCCCUCAACCAAGCUUUGGCGAGGACGGCUCUGCGAAAAUGGGGACCUGCAAAAGUUCCUCCAUGGUUCAAAAAGCUGCUGAGCCCGGAAGAGCUGGCUGCUGCAGGUGACCCCGAUGCGCAGGCCGCCGUAGCAGCCAAAGCGGCUGCUGCGCCUACACCUGCACCUGCACCUGCACCUGCGGCUACGGAACAAGCUCCGCCUACGCCCGAGGCUCAGUCUCAAACAGUGCAGCAAUCACCGCCACCUGCGCUCGAGGCCCCAGCUGAGGCAACACCCUUGCCAGAUACGCCUCUCACGGGGCCAAUCAUCAUCUUUCCGUUUCCCUUUCCUGAAAGUGUCGGAUUCGAGGGCAACGGCACUGAGCUGCCUCAACGACCUUUGGCAGUAGAGUCGAACAAGCUCCUGAAUACCAAGACCGCAGCGCAGUCGAACUGUCCAAUUGGAGGAAGCUCUUACGAACGACGUUGGAACCCCACCGACGACAAGGAUGGCACAUUCUAUAUUUGGGACAAGAUGGGUUCCCUUUCGCCUUAUCAAAGUAGUCGCUUAUUCCCGGAAGUUCAACAGUGGAGCGGCAUCCCAGACAAUUGUCAUCUGGAGAGCGUGCAGCUUUUACACCGAAGCGGACUUCGUCUUCCCUCUUCAGCAGGUACAUUCGGUGAGAACCUGCAAGAAGUUGGUCGGACGCUCCUCAAAAUGAAUCACAAAAAAUCCGCCAAAGGCGUCUUGAGCUUCUUGAAUAAUUGGCAGUACAACUUGGGAUCCGACUUCCUGUCGGCAGCAGGUAGACAGCAAAUGUUUGACUCGGGCGUCGCCGCUUUCACGAGGUACGGCAAGCUUUAUAGCCCGUAUAAACCGAUGCACAAACCCAUCAUCAGGACCGCCAGCACGAAGGCCCUUUUGGACUCUGCGAAGUUUUUCAACCUGGGCUUCUUCGGUAUCGACGCUCCAGCGUUGGUCAACCUGGAAGUUCUCAUCGACUCUGCUGGCUUCAAUAGCACCUUAUCGCCGUGGGGCGCCUGCCCCAACGUGGUCAAGUCGCCGUUGGGCGACCUCUCCUUGGCACCUCGAUGGAUCGAGCAGUACACCAAAAAUGCUAUCAAGAGGCUGCAGCCGCUGAUGCCGACAAGGACGCAACUGACACCCGAGAUCAUUCAUGGGAUGCAAUCGCUGUGUGCUGUCGAAACUCAAGCACUUGGCUACUCGGAUUUCUGUGGACUCUUCACCAAAGCAGAAUGGGAAGGUUUCCAGUACGCAUGGGAUUUGCGUAUUUCGGGCAAUGCGGGUCCGCAGAGCACGACGGGUCGAGCUCAAGGUAUUGGUUGGAUACAGGAACUCUUGGCUCGAUUGCAGGGUUCGACGGUGCCUCCUCCCAUCACCUCGCAGAACUCGAGCCACUCGACCUUGCCGUUGUACUUUCCUGGAGACCAGUCCUUCUACUUUGACUUUGCGCACGACGGUACCAUCGUUGGAACUCUCAUGGCACUCGGCUUCAAGCAGUUGUCAGAAAAUCUAGAUCCUGCCAAGAUCAACCCCGAGCGCAAGUUUUUGACCUCGUCCAUCGUGCCAUCGGCCGCAAAGUUGGCUUUUGAAGUGUUGCAAUGCGCAGCACCCAAGAAGGGUGGCGCUCCAGAGAAGUACAUCAGGGCAGUCCUCAACGACGCCGUCCUGCCAAUGGGCGCCGAGCAGGGAUGCACAGAUAGCGGACCCAAUCCAACGCUGUGCAAGCUGAACGACUUCCUUUCCUUUCAAUACGACCACGCCAUCCAGGCCGCUAACUUUGAGGCGGCUUGCAAAGGAUAA